AAACUAGGGGUCCAGGAAGGCUGGGAGUCUUCCUCGCAAUGUCAUAAGAACCAGUUGCCAGGGGAGACCUGCCAAUGUACCCCCUAGGCAGGGGAGAGCAGGGCCCUGCUGCACCCAAGUCCUGGUUGCUCCUCCCCACCACACUGGCCCUCCAUGGAAGCCUUGAUGCAGUGAGCCAGGCCCAAGGACGCCCCGGCCACCCUGACGCACCCCCCAACAUCUACGAGGGGGGCCUGGGGUCCCCGCAGCCGCAGUGCCCCAGUGCCCAGGGAAGCAAGCCCAAGAACUUCCGGCUGUGCCACCUCCGGGGCCUGGGCCUCUACCUGGAGAGCCACCCGCCACCCACUGGCCAGUGUGAGAGCCACUGGCUGGGCCGGCUUAUGGCUGGGGGCUGCCUGCCACAGCCUGAGGGCACAGCCUGGGCCCUGGACCUGCCACAGGGGACUCUGGGCCCACGUAACAGCCUCUGUUCAGCCCUUCUGGAAGCCCGAUUGCCCAGGGACAGCCUGGGAAGCAGUGCUUCCAGUUCCAGCAUGGACCCAGACAAGGGUGCCCUCCGCCAGCCUAGUCCUUCUAGGCUCAGGCCCAAGAGGUCCUGGGGGACCUGGGAAGAGGCCAUGUGUCCCUUGUGCAAGAGAACCCGCUCUGGGGCCCUGGAGAGGCCAUAGGGAUCCCGAGUGCCAGGAUUGGGUACAGGAGGGGCAGGAUGGCCGAGGAGGCAGCCUGAGCAGGAGGGGCUCGGCCCCCAGCAGUGGCCCUGCCACAUGGGGCGGCCCAGGCAGCGGCCCAGCGCCCAGGCCUGGGCCUCGGGAGAAUGUGAUGGGGAGAGGGAGGAGGAGGAGGUUCCGAGGGAGGGGCAGAAGCAAUAGAAGCAUGGCCGUGCCCUUGCAGCCUGCUUAGACUCCAGUCAGCCACUUGUACCUGGGAGGCCGGACUGAGUGCAGAAUCAGGCUCCCCCGCCACCGCCUCCCUGAGAGGCCAGGGAGCCCACAGGUCUGAUCUCAAUAAAAGCCAAGGCCUGCACGUUCUUGUCCAUCA